UACAACAUCGGCACAAUGGCAGCGCCCUCGAUAUCGGCGGCGGCGAUUCCGCGAUUUCUUGUACCUCGACUUCAAUGGUCUACAAGCAGCUCGCGGCCUGUGGCGCAAAGCGCCGUAGAAGCAAGGCGGCAUGGAUCUUGUUGGGCAAGGCCGGAGGGUCGCAUGCCACUUUCGAAGCUCUCGCCUCUUCAGACAACAGGAACAAGACAAUGGCAGCAGCAGAGAUGGUCACAACGUAUAGGCGGGCACGGGUCUGCUCUGGAGCUUCAGCACAGCUUCAGCGCAACGGCGAAGCAGGCCAAAGAUCACCAUUUCGACACGCUCAAGUUUGUGCAGCGGCUGAAAGAGGAGGGGUUCACAGAAGAGCAGGCUGAAGGGAUGAUGAGGGUGCUCAGCGACGUGAUUGAGGAGAGCAUACAAAAUCUCACACGUACCAUGGUGCUGCGCGAGGACCAGGAAAAAGCUACAUACACGCAGAAGGUUGAUUUUGCAAAGCUACGCUCGGAACUCAUGACGGCGGACUCGACCGAAUCCAGUCUUACACGGGCAUCACACGAGAGGCUCACCAACGAACUUGCCAAGCUGAACUCGCGACUACGGGACGAGAUACAGAGGACUCAGGCGUCGGUCAGGCUGGACUUGAAUCUAGAGAAGGGGAGGAUUCGCGAGGAGGCCAAUGUGCAGGAGCUCAAGCUGAAGGAGACGGACACGAGGAUCGAGCAGGAAACGGCACAGCUCCGGGAGAGGCUAGAAGCCGUCAAGUUCUCGACUCUGCAGUGGCUGAUGGGAGUGUGUACGGGUACGGCGGCGCUGAUGCUAGGAGUGUGGCGAUUGUUGAUGUGAUUGCAAACGACGUUUUGGUGGGCGGAUAGAGGGGAGGCGAUGUGAUUGAAUGGUUGAUUGGACAGAUAGACAUGAUACAUGGAUGGACAAAAGGUCGGUCAGCAGUCUGGGUCAGACACGAAUCGCUCCGGGAAGGCUCCAGGAGGUCAAAGGGCACGAACAUGUCCCUGCGCAGCAGAGACCCGUGCAACUACUAGAGGGUGUCGGUCAAUGCUGCUGGCUGCUAGGCGUGUACACGGGCGAAAGGCUCUGGUAGCGGGCCGCGACGGCAUAUUAUACCGCGCGGACCAGCCAGGGCCCGGGUUGUGGGAAGGGGAUUGUGGAAUGCAUAUGUGGCAUGCGGCAAAGACGGUGUCAGCACACAAGUUUUUUAAUGCACAAGUGGUUGCUGGGGA